AUGCAUGCGUCAAGGUACGAUGCCUUGAGACACUCUAAAAAAGGUGCUCACAAAGGUAAAGGAAAACCUCCCAGAAUCAAUGCAAGGUCUCAAGAUGAGUGCAAGUCAGCCAGUGAUAUCGACGACGUUGAAACAGCAAGCACUGUAACGGGAAUCAGCUUAAGCAAUGCAUCAAGGUUCAGCUCUUUCGAUAUGAAGCCAAAAUAUUUUCUUGAUCUCGUCCAAUCGUCACAAGAGGUAUUGUCCGAUACAGUGAAUGAUUGUUAUGGCACGUUGGGCGGAAUACAACAACAGACGGUUGAAAACCUUAAAUCACUGAGUGACAGUACUGAUGACAGCGAUUGUAAUGAUAAACGAAUUGGGACAAUUACACCGAUUGGCGUGUAUCGAUCUUUAGCAGAUACAACAUCCUAUCGAAGACUUUCCUCUUCUGAGCAACCUUUACUUGAACAAAUUUCUCCAUUGUUGAAGAUACCAUGGGACGUGUCUGUUUCUCAAGUUACGCAAUUCUUCAAAUCCAUUAAAUUUCCACCGCCUCAAAUGCACUCUCACUUUGUUCAUUAUCCUGUUAAACCAGAGCAGAUCAUCAUCGAUCGCAGUACAGGGAAAACCGUAUCAAACGCAUUUGUCGAAGUGCUAGAACCUUCAGAAGCUCAGCGUGCUGUUACCACCUGCCAUCGAAAGCCGUUAAAGGGAAGGCUGGUUCAUGUGUCCCUUAGCGACCAGGAUGAACUUCUCAAAUCAUUAUUUCCAUGCUGGGCUGGAAAUUUUGUGAAAGGAAUGGCCAUCCCUGUUGAGGCUCAAUCGGUAUCACCAAAACAAGGUCAAACGUUCAUUACUCGCCAGGAGAUCAAUUCAAUCUUAACAAUUUGCCGAAACUACAAGAUUCACUUUUCAAGAAAGUGCCCUGAAAGACCAUUUGAGAACAUCAUGUCGAUUGUCUGCAAAUAUCCAUGGUAUCAGCCCGAACUGGUGACAGCUCUACAACGAGAUCAUAUCUAUGAGUGCUUGAAGCUAGCGAUCGGCAAGUAUAUGGUAUUACCAGAGUGCUUGUGCUCUCACAUUGCCAAAGAUUACAUCACAAUCGAUCCUGCUCUGGUUGUUCGUAUGGUUAGAACCGGUGUAAUGUGCCCUACAUUUACAGAACGACAGCAAAAUGUGAUACUAAAUUCUGCCGGCCAGGAGUGUCCUGAGGAUAUCAAGCAUUUUAUUGUUCCUGAUCAUGAUAAGAACACUGACUCAAGUAGCGAAGGGACAUUCACUGAAUAUGCACCCACAGAAAGUGAUGAUGAAGAUUCUGAUUUAUCAAUUGGAAGUUCCAAAUUAUCGAAGAAGGACUCGUCCUCUCACAAAUUACUUGCUCCGCACACUCAUAAGCAUGAUGAAGCUGGUGGUGACGACACAACAUCUGAUCUUAAUGCCUGGUACGAUGCACUGCCUACAAGCAUACUGGAUAUCCUUGACAAUGCAAGUAACAUGAGGCAUGUUGGAAUGAAGGAGUUUCAUUCUUCAUUUUCAACUCGGGUGGAGGUUCAGCAACCGAAAGGGAAAGUUACAAGUCAACUUGAAUCGAUACCCGUAAGAAAGCUUCCAAGUGAAAGUACGUCUCUCAAGAUCGAAACACAACCCGACAGUCGGUCAGCCAUUGAAGAACGAAUCAGACUGCUUUGCGAACAGCUACAACCUCUAUGUAAGCGAAAGGGCAAUAUCAUGUAG